AUAUAUUUUCUCUUCCUUGAGGAAAAAAACAAAAUUGUGGAGUGCUUUUUCCUUAGCCAAGGAAAGAAGAAGAACAACACAAAAGGAAAGUAAAAGAAAAACAAAUCCACUCGUAAACUAUCAGUUUCACACUCUUCGUGUUGUUUCCGCUUCCCCUUAUUACUCUCGCCGGAACCCUAUUCGAUCCGCCGGAACUUGAAUCAACCGAUGACAGUACGAUUGGGGAAUAGCUGAGAUCAAAAGGGUUGGAUUUCCUCGCCGGAUGGAGGGAGGUAGCGUCUUUAGACUUACUUGUUCUGGGAUUCAUCCAUGGAUUAUGAUGACAAUGAUUUUCAAAGCCAGAAUCUCCAUUUAGCUGGUGAAGGUAGCACCAAAUUUCCUCCAGUAUUAAGGCCAUAUGCUCUACCCAAGUUUGAUUUUGAUGAAAGCCUUCAACCUAAUUUAAGAUUUGAUAGUUUGGUUGAAGCUGAAGUUUUCCUUGGCAUUGAAAGUAACGAAGAUAACCAUUGGAUUGACGCAUUCUCCCGGGGGGGUAGUGGUAUAGAGUUUAGUUCAACUGCAGCUGAAUCUUGCUCUAUAUCAAGGCAUGACAAUGUUUGGUCCGAGGCCACUUCCUCGGAAUCUGUUGAAAUGCUUUUAAAAUCUGUUGGACAGGAGGAGUAUAUUCCUAGACAAACUGUUAUUCUGGAAUCAGAUGCCAGCGAUGAACUGGCCUGCUUAGCUAAGCAAAUGGACCCCAAUCCAAAACCUGAUGAUACAAAUGAAUUUAAAGAUAAUGUUACAGAUUUACGGCCACCUGGUGGUACUCAUGCAAAUUUGUCUGGAUUAAAGGAGGAUGUAGGAAUGGAGCAGUCUCAGGCUGGAGUGUCCCAAGGUCAUGAAGGUGAAUUAUCCAUUGAUGGAAAUUCAGGUAAUAUGGAACUAAAUGAUAUAUGCAGAAACAUUGACUUGCCUAUGUCUGAGGAGAGUCCGACUCUAUUUACUGAUGACAAAAAUGACGAUACAAACCGAAGAGAAGUUGAGAAUGUGGAUGAUGACUCACAUCAUGGCAAAACUCAAGAUGAUUCAUCUGCGUUUGUGGUGCAAACUAAUAUUACUGAAUCAUCUGUGAAUAAUAUGGGUGAUGAGCAGCAAGGUCCUUUACAAAAACAAACUAAUAAUCAAGAUUUGGAAUCUUCUAUGAUGAACAAAGAAGCUGUUGUAGACACUCAGACACUGGAUGGAAAUGCAGUUGGAGGUGAUGCACCUCAUCAAGAUUUGGAAUCUUCUAUGAUGAACGAAGAAGCUGUUGUUGACAUUCAGACUCUGGAUGGAAAUGCAGUUGCAGAUGAUGCACAUCAUCCUGAUAGAUCUCUUUGUUCAAUCCCCACUGAAGAAACUUUGGAGGGGGGGAGUGUAGUUGAAGGCCUUGAAACUGGCGGAAGUAGUUUAGAGGAUUCCUUGAGAACGGAAUCCGUUGCUGUUUCAGACUUGCAGAAAGCAGAAAGAUGCAGUGAAGAUGUAUGUUUCAGCGAUCCAUCUCGGAACAGUGCAAGUGAAGAUGUAAACUUGCUUAAAGAUGUGGUGAUGGAUGAUCUAUCUGCACUAAAUACACGUGAAAUACCAAAAGCUUCAAUCAAAGAUGAUUGUAUAUCUGAGGGCCAGGUGGUUGAGGUUAGUAACUCCAGUUGUGGGAUUUCCCCUCAUCUCCAGCAGAAUGUGGAUGUCAUAGACAAAAAGACAUAUGGUGAGAGCAGUGUUACUAAGGAAAAUGAGUUAUUUAAUACUAGUGACAACAUGGAUAGAGAGAUUUUAUCAAGCAAGUCAGAGGCAUCUAUGUCUUCUGCUGAGGAAAAUAACAUUUCUACUGUUAGUGAAGGAAAUAGUGACAACACGGUUGGAGGGUUUUCCAGUUUCAGUGUGGCGGCUUCUUCAACAAAAUCUGCCAUUUUGGGUGAAUCAUCUCAAAUAUGCGAAAACAACGAACCUGACCGACAGAGGGACCAUGAAACAUUUGAUCAAGAUAUUUCUGUAAAUGACCAAGAGAGUAAAAAGAUUCCUUGUGACUCUAGCCAAAUGCAUUGUGAUGUUUACGGAUCCCAUCUUGUUGAUAAGGGAGUAGUUUCAUCAUCUCUUAGUGCAGGUAGCAUGGAAACUGAGUUGACAACUUCCACAGUAUCAAUAGAUGUCACGCCUAUCAAUAAUUCAGCUUCACAAGUUAUUUCAGAAAAUAUUGGUUUGACAUCCUGUGAGAUAAUUGACGUUCCACCUCCUAGCAAAGUUGUUUCCAGACGUGAAAUUACUGGUCACAGUGAUUUUCAAAGGAUAACUCCUGUGGAGUCUUCUUGCGCUGAGGAAAAGGAAGAAUCUUCAGUUAAAAUAGAUGAGGAAGCUGGCAUAUCUACCCUUGCUGGGUCUUCUGAACAGGAAACUGCUUCUUGUCCUGUUACGGCAUCUGAAAAACAUCAUUCUUCUGAUACUUCUAGACAACUGUUAUGUGAGAGGGCUAGUGAUUGUCUGCACAUUGUAGAGACUGAUGGUGCUGUAAAGAUUGGUGAACCUCAAGUAAUAAUAGAUGUUAAGGUUAUUCAGGAAUGCACAAAAGAAAUUGGUGUGCCUCCAGUUCUAUGUGAAUCAUCCGACAAACAGGGUGAUGGUGCCACAGUUUCUCUUAUUAAUGAUGGCAAGGAGGCUGUACAAGAGAAUCAUGAGAAAUCAUCCUCAAAAAUAUUAGGUGAUGUUUUACUUGGAAACAAAGGUUCCAUAUCUUCUGCUCCUUUACCUGACUCUUCUGUUGAGUUGCAUGAGACUGGAAACUUUCCUUCCGAUAGUGCUUGCAGUCCGCCUAGUACAUUUGGAAGCCCUUCUCUAACUGAAAAGGAUGAGAUUAAAGUUAAGGCUUCUGCCAAUAGUGAUGCAAAAAAUACAUUGUCUACUGCUCAAGAUAUGAAGGGGAAUAAUGCAUCUAAAGAUGAGAGAAGCUCGGCUCCUGAGGUAAAUUCAGUGGUUGAUUUGUCCAAAAAAGAUGUUGCAGAUGUGAAUGUAGAAGAUGUUGGCAAGAGGCAACCAGUUCCUGUUACUGCAACUGCAACCAACAAAGCAUCAACAGCUGUGGAGGGAUCUCCUUCAACUUCUGGUCUAGGUCCUUCAAAAAUAAAAAAUGUAGGAAAUAUCUCCCAUGGAAGUCCACAGAUAUCAGAUGGAGAAGUGGCUCUUAGUGGUUCUAAGGCCACACCUCAGCGCAAAACUAGACGAUCAUCUACUAAGACAGCCGGAAAGGAAUCUUCUAGAAAAGGAAGUCACGUGAAAGACACAACUCUGGCUAGACAGUCUGAAAGAAGGGAUAAAUCAACCAAAGUUUCCCUGAGCCCAUCUCCUAGUUUCCAGCUGAUGCAAUCAAAUGAGGUGCAGCAGUAUGGGCACAGUGAUUCAAACAUUAACAAGCCAUUUGCUCUUGUAAAUACUUCAACAUCUAUCCUUCCUGAUUUGAAUACUUCUGCUUCUCCAUCAAUUUUGUUUCAUCAGCCUUUCACGGAUCUACAACAAGUACAAUUGCGAGCACAGAUCUUUGUCUAUGGAGCUUUGAUUCAAGGCACAGCACCUGAUGAGGCGUAUAUGAUAUCAGCUUUUGGGGGGCCAGAUGGUGGAAGGAGCAUUUGGGAGAAUGCCUGGCGUGCCUGCAUGGAGAGGCAGCAUGGUCAAAAAUCUCAUCCCGUUAACCCAGAAACACCUCUGCAAUCACGAUCUGUUGCUAGAACCUCUGAUUUGGCAAUUAAGCAAAAUACAGUUCAAGUAAAAGGUGUCUCUUCGCCUCUUGGUCGAUCCAGCGGCAAGGCUACUCCAACAAUUGUAAACCCCUUGAUACCUCUUUCAUCUCCCCUUUGGAAUCUACCAACUCUCUCUUGUGAUUCCCUGCAAUCUAGUGCCCUUGCAAGAGGUUCUGUUGUGGAUUAUCCACAAGCACUUACUUCUUUGCAUCCUUAUCAAACUCCACCUCUGAGGAACUUUCUUGGACAUAACACAUCUUGGAUACCCCAAGCCUCCCUUCAUGGACCAUGGAUUGCUUCCCCAACUCCUGCACCAGACAACAGUGCCCAUCUUUCUGCAUCACCUGUCUCAGACACAAUUAAGUUAAGCUCAGUCAAAGGAUCUUCUCUGCCUCCUUCCUCUGGCAUAAAGAAUGGUACUCCUGCUUUUCCAGCUUCCAAUGCAGGUUUGCAAAGUAUCUUUGUAGGGACUGCCACUGCCUCUCUGCUUGAUGGAAAUAGUGUGACAGUACCACCUGUUCAGCAUUCUUCAGGUUCAAAGCCAAAGAAAAGGAAAAAGGUUGUAGCUGAGGAUCUUAGCCAGAAGGCUUUGCAAUUGGUGACUCCUGCUGUCAGUCGCCAGACAUCUACUUCUGUUGCUGUCCUGACCCCUGUCAGGAAUGUGCCUGUAACUGCUGUUGAGAAAUCAGUUGUAUCUAUAUCUUCUCUAGCUGAUCUCCCCAAAAGUGAUCAGAAUGUUGAUAAGAGGAUUCUGUCAGAUGAGUCUCUUUUGAAAGUUAAGGAGGCUAAGGUACAUGCAGAGGAAGCUUCUGCUCUUUCUGCUGCUGCAGUGAAUCAUAGCCUGGAGUUAUGGAAUCAGCUGGACAAGCAUAAAAGUUCUGGAUUGAUGUCAGAUAUUGAGGCCAAAUUAGCUUCUGCAGCAGUUGCAAUCGCAGCUGCUGCAGCUGUUUCAAGGGCAGCCGCUGCAGCUGCCAAUGUUGCAUCAAAUGCUGCAUUUCAGGCAAAAUUGAUGGCUGAUGAAGCAUUGAUUUCAUCUGGUUAUGAGGGUACGAGUAACUUGGGAAAAGCUACCCCUGCUUCCAUCUUGAAUGGUGCUAAUGCAACUAAUAGUCCUGGUUCUAUCAUUGUUGCUGCAAAGGAAGCAGCUAAAAGGAGAGUGGAAGAUGCUUCAGCUGCCACAAAAAGAGCUGAAAAUAUGGAUGCCAUCGUGAAGGCUGCUGAGCUAGCAGCAGAAGCUGUGUCUCAAGCUGGAAAGAUUGUAACUAUGGGUGAUCCUUUGCAAUUAAGUGACUUAUUAGAAGCUGGUCCGGAGGGGUUUUGGAAAGCACCUCGAGAGUCUUCUCAGCAAGUUGGAUUAUUGAAAGACGUGAGCAGGGAUCUGGUGAACAUUGACAAUGUUAGAGAUAUUCCUGAAACUUCUCAUACACAGAACAGGGACAAUUCAACUUCUAUCAACAUCAAUGAAAAGAAUUCAAGAGGAUCGAAGGGCCGCAGGGUUUCUGGUCUAGUCAAUUCUGUUGAUGUGGUUCCUGGAUCUGAGCCUGGAAUGCAGGUUUCCUCUUUCACUGUUAGUAAUGGAUCUGAAAAUCUGGAGGCAAAUAACAUCAAGGAGGGCUCACUUGUAGAGGUUCUCAAAGAUGAUGAAGGAUAUAAAGCUGCGUGGUUCACAGCCAAUAUUUUGAGUUUGAAGGAUGGUAAAGCUUAUGUAUGCUACACUUCGCUUGUUGCUGUUGAAGGUGCAGGGCCCUUAAAGGAAUGGGUUUCACUCAAAGGUGAAGGAGACAAACCCCCCAGAAUACGUACUACUCGUCCUCUAACUAGUUUGCAGUAUGAAGGUACAAGAAAGAGACGUAGAGCCGCUAUGGGAGAUUAUGCAUGGUCUGUUGGGGAUAGAGUCGAUGCAUGGAUACAAGAAAGCUGGCGAGGAGGAGUAAUCACAGAGAAGAAUAAGAAAGAUGAAACAACGUUAACUGUCCACUUUCCUGCUAGUGGUGAAACAUUGGUUGUUAGAGCUUGGCAUCUCCGUCCAUCCCUUAUUUGGAAGGAUGGGGAGUGGAUUGAAUCUUCCAAGGUGGGAGCAAAUGACAGUUCUACGCAUGAGGGCGAUACACCACAAGAAAAACGACCCAAACUGGGUAGUCAUGCUACAGAGGUAAAAGGGAAAGACAAGAUGUCAAAAGGUAUUGAUGCUGUGGAGUCAGCAAACCCUGAUGAAAUGAGAUUACUUAAUUUGACUGAAAACGAUAAAGUGUUUAACAUUGGAAAGAGCAGCAAGAAUGAAAAUAAACCGGAUGCACAGAGAGUGACAAGGACUGGUCUUCAAAAAGAAGGAUCAAGAGUGAUUUUUGGUGUUCCUAAACCUGGGAAGAAAAGGAAAUUUAUGGAAGUAAGCAAGCAUUAUGUUGCACAUGGGAGCAGUAAGAUUAAUGAUAGAAAUGAUUCGGUUAAACUUGCAAAUUUCUUGAUGCCUCAAGGUUCGGGAUCCCGAGGAUGGAAAAAUAGUUCCAAAUAUGAUACCAAAGAGAAACUUGGAGCUGACUCCAAGCCCAAGACUUUUAAGUCUGGAAAACCACGGAGUGUAUUGGGUAGAGGGGUACCACCAAAAGACAUUUCUUUAUCAAACGCUUUUUCUCUUACCAAUGAUCUUACAGAAAGGAUCAAGGAUUCUUCAAAUCAUUUCAAGAAUGCUUCACAGAGUGAAAGUCAGGCAGAUAGAGCACCCUACUCUGCGACUGAUAGAGUGACAGAAGGACCCAUCUUAUUUUCAUCGCUGGCAACUUCAGCGGAUGCACUUCCCACUAAAAAGACAUCCACCUCAAGAGCAAGUAAAGGAAAACUUGCACCUGCCGGGGACAAGUUCGGUAAGGGUCAGGUAGAAAAGGCUUUAAAUGACAAUCCCAUGAAUUCAACAUCUGAUGUUGCUGAGCCCCGUAGAUCCAAUCGCAGGAUCCAGCCAACGUCAAGACUAUUAGAAGGCUUGCAGAGCUCUUUGAUCAUCUCAAAGAUUCCUUCGGUUUCACAUAAUCGUAGUACUUCUAAAGGUAAUAACCAGGGUUGAAUGGAAGAAGCUUGCAAUGAUGCGGUACAGUUAAAGGAUCAGCCCGUUAUUAGAUUAACAAAUGCACAGCAUAGAUGUGUAUAUUAUUUAUAAUAGGGAACCUAGGAAUGGAAAUUCUUGCUUCCUUUGUUUUAGGCGGACUAUAGUUCAGUAGAUAGUUGGUCAUAUUGAUUUUAGUCUUAUUUAAAUGUGAUUUGAUCCCCCACUCGUGUGGUUCUGUAGCCUUUGCUGUAUAUGGAAGUUCUCCAUGUUGCCUUGUUUGUAGGUUUGAUGAUUAUAUGAUAACGUGAUGUUCUACAAGCCAAUCGUCCCUUUGGCUUUGACUUUUACCUCUUCUAACCGGUCCCUUUUUUGGUUUACUUUGCUAGGGUUAGCGUUCAUUUGUCUCUCUUACGUUUAGGUUGACAAAUAAAAAGCAAAAAAAAAAAGUUUUAAUUAAUGACAAAUUUAGUUAAUAUAUUGAACUUAGAAUAAACUAAUAAUGAUGAGUGAUUUAUAUAUUUGAUUAAUUAUUUUUUUAAUCUAAGUAAUUGGUUUCAAUUUUUAGAUUCGACAUCUCACUAUUUACUGCCCAACUAUUUUAGAUUAAAGUCAAAAAAUCUUGAUUUAAUUAUUCAUUUUUUUUAAUUUUUUUUUUUCCAAUUUGAAUUUGCAUGUGCUACUGCAUGAACACGAGCUGUCCAGGAUGGAAGAAAAGGUGGAACUCAGUUUUGUCGGAAGAGAAACCCACAGCUAAAAGAGCUUAAGGUAGUGUUUGGUCAGAGAGAAGUGAAAAUACUUCUGGAGAAGUGUAUGCAGGUAAGAGACAUCUCCACGUUUGGUUGAAGAAGUGCAUGUGGAUAAGAGACAUCUCCACAUUUGGUUGAAGCAUUGUGGUAGAUUUGCCCAUCAAAACGCUUUGCCUAGCAAUUGAGAGAAAUGAGUAAAAAACAAGAGUCUAUGCUGUUUAGGAAGUCCUUUGUAAAGGUGAAAUUG